AUGUCUUACGGGGUUACCUCUUCCUCCUCCUCUUCGGCCAUUGGUUUACUUUUCAUCUUGAUGUUGUGCGGUGUGAAUUUAUUCUGCCACUUGUCUUUCGCACAAGACACACUUCCGUUAAAUACUUUGCAGUUUGGCCCAGCAGUGCCGUUGGAGCUUGCACAAAAUCGAUCACUCAUCCGAGUAUUAGCAAGAGUACCCAAUGCUCGAGAAUUGGAUCUCUUUGAAAAGAAUUCCACUCAUUCCUAUUUGUUUGUAUCUAGUCCAGGAACUGGAGCCAUUCACAUCUUGUCACUCUAUCACGAUACAAGUCGAUUCAAUCGGACGAUGAAUGAUUCUACAUUGUUGAGUGAUUUCAACUCAAGCUCUGGCUAUGUACAAUUACUCUCUCAAGACAUUAUUGUGAAUGCAAUGAGUAAUAGCCCGAAUGGAGUGGCUUAUGAUUCCUCAACAGAUACGUUAUAUGUUGGUGAAAUUGCAACCAUUUAUAUGGUUCUAAAUGUCAUCUCUAAAUAUGAAAGUGGUCAACGAAGUGCAUCCAUGUAUCAAAAAAUUCCAGUUCAGAGCUACGACCCUAACUCGUGGCAUGGAUUUAAAUAUAUUCGAAUUCAUAAGCAGAAGAUGUAUGUUCCUGUUGGAGCACCAUGUAACACAUGUAUCUUAACAGAUUUGUUUGGAACCAUCACAUCAUUUGAGUUGCCAAAAGAUGUCAAUAAUUUUUCAGGCCAAGCACCAAAGAGAGUGGAAGCUACUGGUGUGAGAAAUAGCGUAGGCUUUGAUUUUGAUCCAAACAAUGAUUCAAUUCUCUAUUUCACAGAUAAUGGAAGAGAUUAUAUGGGUAAUUUGAUUCCUGGAGAUGAAUUCAACAAAUUGAUAUUGAACAAUGAAGGUGAUUCAAAUAUUAAAAGUUUUGGAUUCCCUUAUUGUCAUGCCAAUGGCAUUGUCGACCCAGACAUGAACCCCAACGAAUCCGUAAUGAGCUGUUCCAAUGGCAAUUAUGUGAAACCAAUUGUUGUUUUGGAUGCACAUGUCGCAGCGUUAGGAACUAUCUUCUUUAGAAACUCUGAAGCAUCUUUGUGGAAACAAUUUCUCAACGUCAAUCGAUCGGUGUUCAUUGCUGAACAUGGAAGCUGGAACAGAGAUCCUCCUUUCGGAUAUCGAGUCAUGAUGAUCUCAGAUGUGAAAGAUGAACAAAAGGCACCCAAUGGAUAUACUGUUUUUUUGGAAGGUUGGUUAACGAAGGGAACAUCAAAAUAUUGGGGUCGUCCUGUAGAUGUGAGACAGCUCAAUAAGGGACCUGUUGGAAGUUUGUUCAUUUCAGACGAUUAUGCUGGUGUUGUCUAUGUGGUUGAGUUUGAUACGACGUCGGUCAUCAAAAAGAAUCAAGGAAAUGCAAGCGGGACAAGAAGUAAUUCGCCAUUCAUGAUUACUCUAAUUACGGGACUUGUGAUUGUACUUCUUAAUGUUCAAAUUUGA